UUCGGCAAACAACUAAAGAUCCGUUCACUUUUCCAGGUAGUUUCUACAUUCUGAGACCACUUUUAGAUUUUUCUGCUCUCCCAUUUCGUAAACUAAACAAAUAUUAAAUGUCACGGUACCAAUGCAUCAGAGACAUUGUCAGGGACCUAACUUAGACUUGAAAGAAACAGUUCUUAACAUUCAUCAUGAAUAUCUUCAUCUUCUGUCUUCAUUUACUUUGUUUGAUGAGGACAACUUUAGGACUUUACCUUUUGGGUCUUCCAGGAUAUAAUUUAAACAACUAUCCUGACCCGAAACCAGAUCCUGAAAAGUGCCGACAAAAUCCUGGCUUUCAAAUAUAUCGACACAAGAAUGUACAAAUGUGUUUGAAGUUUCAAAUGUUUGACACUCCUCUUACCUACAAUCAAGUUCAAAGAUAUUGUGACGAUCGGUUAGCUAUCAUAGGAGUCUUUGAUCUAAAAGAGAAACUGGAAAUUCUGCAACAACAAACAAGAUGUGUUUGGGUGAAUUUCAAAUUAGAUCGAUUUGAUAUUAUGAACUUUGUUUUCUCAUAUCGUAUUUUUAAAGAAGCAUACAGUCAUGAAAAGCAUAGGAAUCUUUUUUACAAAGAUUAUUCACAGCAAACUAAAUACGAAUACCGGGAUGAUGCAAUUAGAAAAUUAGCUACAUGUGGUAUUUACCAUCCUAGUUACAGGCUGCUUGCAAUGGACAACUGUUUUUUCCCUGGUUUAUACGAACCGAAUUGUGCUUUCGGUGUUGUCUGUGAGGAUUACUUCUUUACAAGAGACAAUCUUUAAAUUCAACUUUUAACGUCUUAUGUUUGCUGUUCAAUUCUAAAAAUAGAUUAAAAUUAGCAUGAUGAUAAUCA